GGAGAAUUGAUGCAGUCUUGGCCGUGUCUACCAACUGUCUACGUCAGUAUUAUUCAGUCCUCUUCUGUCUGCACGCAGGCCCGAGCGCGUGCUGCGAACGCCACCACAUCGACACACGCACGCACACGAGUCACACUUUUUACUACAGUUAUAACAUACAUUGGGCGACUUCUCGCGCGGUGACGAAAACAUUUCCGCAUCUUCUGAUAAUUUUGGCAUCGACGCACGGCGCCCAUCGACGUCUGACUCGACGAGCCCAGGGACUGAUUUGAUUUUUUAUAGGCGAGGCACUUGUCUGCAAAGCUAUCGUCAUCAUGAAUACACUGCUGAAGAACUACGGCAGCGAUGGCGAGGACAGCGACGAAUCCAUCGACAACAAAGUGUCGACUACACCUCCAAGGACCAUGUUACCAACACAAAAGUCUAACGAUGCUAUUUAUGACACAGUGCCAAUGGAUAUGAGUGAUGAGGGAAGCAAUAACAAUCACUCUUCUGAUGAUGGUGCUAGGACCCCAGAGAUACUUCAUGGAUCCAACACAAGGAAAACUGAAUCUUCCAAGGAUAAGAGGGGAACGUAUAGCGAAGAUUCUAAUGAUAAUGAUCAAAAGUUAAAAGAGAAAUCUGAUAAUUACAAAGUUGAUAAAAAUGAAAAGAGCAGCUAUUCGAGUGAUAAAAAAUCGUCGGACAAGAAGCAUGGACACGAUUACAGAGAAAGCGAUUCUAAAAGAUCCAAAUACGACGAGAAAAGAUCUAGAGAUUCGGAUAGAAAGUCUCGAGACGACGAUAGGCGAAAGGACAGAAUAAGCAGAGACGACGAUAGAAAUGAUAGAGACCGUUACAGAAGCGACGACAAAAAAGAAAGGGAAAAAAGAAGAGAGAAAGAACGCGACAGAGAGUACGAAAGGGAGCGAGGCAGAGAUCGCGACAGGGACAGACGAUACUCGAAGGAUGACAAAUCGAGCGAUCGUCGAAGCGAUAAGUACAGCAGCAGCGGCCGAGAGAAGGAGCGCCGACGAUCGAGAUCUAGAUCGCGCUCCAGAGAGCGCAGCUCGACCCACAAACCAUUCAAUUAUCGCGAGGAGAGGCACAAGAACAAAUUGGCUCAAUUAGAAAAAUUAGGAAUUGACAUAAAAAUACCGGACAACGUUGCGUCAGCGGGCGCCGAGCCGACGUUCUACAAUCCCUUGGCAACGGCCACCCAAGGAAAGUACGCCGAACAGAUUCAAAAGCGAAAACUAUUGUGGGCAAAUAAGAAACAAGAGGUCGUGAAACCCAGCGCCACCACCACGGCGAGCACAUGGGUAGGGACCACAUUUUCUCAGGACGAGGACGGAAAACAAACGGCGAAGUUCAAACGAUUGAUGGGAAUCAAGGAGGACAUGCCGGUGGCGGGUUCCGUGAAGCCGGAUCUGCUGAAGAAGCAGGAAGAGAUGUUCAGCAACAUGGAGCAACAGUACGAGGUGGCGCGAGCGACCACCCACACGCAACGCGGCGUGGGCCUCGGCUACGCGAGCGGCGGCUUUCCCUUUCCAAGAUAAUCUAGUUUUACUCACUUACCCCCCUCUAGCUGUAUGGCUUGUACAAAGAAAACAAUAUCGUAUUAGAUUUUCAAUUUUUACAUUAAAAAAACGGUUGUCGUAUGAAAAUAGAGCUUAAUCGCGCGCCCCCCCGAUACGUUACUUAUUGCGGUGGUUACAAAUGGAGCUACUUUUCAGAAAAUUUGUUUUUGCUUAAAAGCGAAUGGAUAUUAUGUGAUUCUGUAAAGUAAAUUUUACUUUAAUCUUUAAAUGCAGUGUAUUUCAAAGUUGCGAGAAAAAUGAGUCUCUUUAUUUAUAGUUGAUGCAAGAGUGAAUAAUUACUAUGUAUAGUUUAAAACCUUUUUUUUUAAUAAUAAAACGAGUUAUCGAAAAAGAA